ACUGCCUGGUCCCACACUACGCCUGGGAUGAGCAGGGCUGUUGGAGAGGAGCACACAAACCUCUGCUGAAAGUCAGCAGAGUCUUAUUCCUACAUCAAACUGAGACAAGGAGGAGAGAGAGACUGGAUGGGAGGACACAGAGAGAACAGAGGGCCAUGUUGAGCUGAACAAGUGGAAGAAGCAAAAGAAAGGAGGAAAGAAAGGAAGGCAGCAGGUGUAAGAGGAAAGAAACGUCUUUCUACAUAGGGGACAAGGACUAACACACGCACGCAGCAUGAACAGGGACAGUCACAGUGAGGACAGUUUGUCAUCGCUGGUUCUGGAGAACAUAAAGAACAAACUGAUAGACGCCUUCAGGACGACUGGGGACCCUGCCGACGUCUCGGGGUCUGGUCCUCGUGCUGGCCCCGUCAGGAGCAUCGACAGGAGCCACCAAGCCAACGAGGAGCUGAGGAGAGCGAAGAUAGAUGGAGCUAUAACCUGGCUGAGGUCUGAACUGCUGGAAAUGCGCUCCCAGGACCGGCAGCUUGCCCAGACACUUCUGGGCCUCAACACGGAGAUCCAGAGACUCAGGAGGGAAAGUAUCUGUAUGUCUGGGGCUCUGGACCCAAAGGCGGAGGAACACCACUGACCUCCCCCAGCCAAAUUGCAUCUGCUCUGAGGAACAUUUCCAGAGUGGGGACUGAGUGGACCUAACUUACUGGAGCCCAUGAUGGGACUGGGACAUUCUUUAGUGGAUAUCCAUAGAGGUGUUUCAUAUCAACGUGGCAUUGAUGGAUGGAAUGAUACCACAGUCAAAGGUCACACUCACUGCAUGUGUGAUAAAUUGGUCACAUAACUGGAGCCCUUCAUUGGCUUGUGUAUGGACUGAUUGCCAUAACCUUCCAUCUCACAGAGUGCCUGUAAGAUUUGCAUACAAAUGUUUAUGGAGUUUUGAGAGUGUUCCAUGUCCUUUAGCAUGAUUGUGCGAUGCUUGAUGGAGAAUAAACCAACACUUGGAUUUAUGAUAUGGCUUUCCACAUAUGUAUUGUAUUCUAACUAGUCUUUAAGUACCACAAGAACCGAAUGGUUUGAGGACAUGCUUUUUACAGAUGUGAAUAAAUGGGCGUUGUACAUC